AUGUUAUCCAGUGGAUACCGGUUGGAAGAACAUGUAGAACCUACUUUCAAUUUGCGUUUGAUAGAGGCUGUCAAACACAGUAGAUGCUUAUAUGAUUCAACUGAUCGUCAAUAUCGGAGUUCAGAAUACAAAAGCAAAGUUUGGAAUAGGCUAGUGCAAGUUCUAAACUUUGAAGGAGAUGCCCGAACAUUAUAUGCACGCUGGAAACAGUUGAGAGAUAAAUACGGAAAGGAGAAAAGAAAAGCGAGAUAUCAGAAUGAUCAAAGCACUUGGCAGUACUUUAAGCAUUUACAUUUUCUUGAUCCGCAUAUGGUUGACAGAUCAAGUAAUGGAUCUCCUGCACGGAAAGAGAAUCAGGAACAAGUUGUUGUCACUGAUCCUAAUUUUGGCAUAAGCCUGAUUGCUGAAGUUCAUUCCCACCCAUGCCUGUUUGACAUUAGAGAUGCUAAGUAUCGCCAUGCGGAAUGUAGGAAUCAAGCGUGGAAUCAAGUGAUAAAGAACCUCAAUUAUCCAGGUGAUGUUAACUCUAUAUAUAAGCAAUGGAAAAAGCUACGUGAUCGAUACGUAAGAGAAAAGAGAAGAUUACGGGAGCAACGAGAAAGGGGAAUAGUUGAAGAAAGUUCGUGGGAUUUAUAUAGCAAUAUGACAUGGAUGGAUCCUUAUUUGGAUGAUCGGGCCCAGCAUGUGAAACGAAAGCAAGAACCAGAGUCUCUUUCAGACUUCGACAUGGAAGAAAUUGUUAGAGCAGACUCCGGUUUGGGUUAUUGUUUGAAAGGAGGAAACCCCAGUGGAGGUGAUGUACUGCUUGACGGGGAUAGUGCUUUUGCUGCCUCAGCUGUUUCCGAUCUAAGAACUUUACCGGAUCAUGCUCGCGCUCUAGCUAAAGCUCAAAUCGAAUCACUACUUGAAACCGGCCGUAUGCCUAUCACUACAAAUUUUUAA